GUCCUAGAGUGCCUUGGCGCGGUGGAGGCUCUGGCUAUGGCGGCCCCAUCGGUUCAGUUCCCUGGAUACCGACAGGCGAUCGGCUCAGGGCUGAUGGCCUCGCUGGCCCUCGCGGUAUGGGGAGGCAUCAACAUCGUGACCAAACUCGGCCUCUUCUUCGCGCUGGUGGUGGUCUACACGCUGUUCAGCUUUUAUCUUGGCCUUUUCCAAGCUGGACCCUCAGACGGCCUAAGCCCGGGAAGCGAGAUGAUCACGGGCCUCAGCUGGGAGACUUUUCAAGCCAACUGGGGCCCGCACUACGACCCGGGCAUCAACUUCGGGGUGGUUCUCAGCCUCUUCUACCCAUGCUUCACAGGCAUCCUAAGUGGCGCGAACAGAGCGGAUGUGCUGAAGGACCCUCCCCGCAACAUCCGGCUGGGAACCUUUGCGGCGAUCCU